GACUGCCUCGUUUUCCAAACCCGCUCCCCAAAUUUACCAGGUCAAUUUACCAUCCACCUUGUACUUUGAUAAUUCAGUCAUAUCGUCUACACGAUGUUCUCCCUCAGAGCAAUUUCCCGUUCGCUUCCCCGAACGCUUCCUAGAUCCAUCGCCAGACCUCUCCGAAACACAGUUCCAAAGCAUGCAUUCACCCAGCCAGCAUGGGGCCUAGCCUCGCGCCCAGCUUAUGCCGCAUUCUCUACAACGAGGGCUAGAUGGGAAUCAGCUGGUCAAGUCGACGUUGAACUCGCCGCUAAAUUCCAGGACGAGCUUGCUUUAGAGACGGAAACUGGUGAAGCAGACAAACUCCCGGAAUCGCUGAAAUACUUUUUAGAAAAUGGCCCAUUUGAGAUCCAAGACACCCCAGGCGAGGAAGAGGUUAUUAUGACCCGUAAAUUUGGAGAUGAAAAGAUCCGAGUUUCCUUCUCAAUUGCCGACCUACAGAACCUUGGCGCUGAGAAUGAUUAUGACACCGCGCUUUCCGAUGAACUCGAAGAUGUCGACUCUCAUGCUAUCAACGAGAAAGGCGCCAAACCCGGAAACAUCAAGGUGGCUCCAGAGGACAAAGUUGCGCCCUCUGACCGCGAGGAAGAUCUAGGACUAGACGAGGAGGCGCCCGAACCUGGAUACCCCGUGCAUGCCAAUGUUACCAUCGAGAAGCCUGGUAAGGGUUGCAUGUACGCCGAAUGUCUAGUUGAAGAUGGCGUGACCCAGAUCCUGGAGCUCCAAUACUUCGAGAAGGCCGAUAUUGCCAACGCCCAGUCUGCCGAUAAGCAGUGGGCUAGAGGCAAUAUCUACGCUGGCCCACCAUUUGGAAACUUGGAUGAGGACUUGCAGAUCCUUGUGGAGAGAUACUUGGAAGAGCGAGGCAUCGAUGCUGCUCUUGCCUCUUUCAUCCCUGACUACAUUGAUUUCAAGGAACAGAGGGAAUAUGUCCGCUGGCUCGGAAACUUGAAGAAGUUUGUCGAAGUGUAAAUUAAUUUGCCCCAUUCAACUGCCAUUUGGCCUGAAUAAAGAUGCCCAUGCCGGUGUCAUCCCUCAACUCUAACUUCUAUGCGAUGUCUUUCUAACAUCAUCAUGUUCACUUAACUUUCACUGGGAACAAUACCUGGUUCAGACACAAAAUUUGUACCUUAUGUAUGGCUUUGGUUGUGUUUGGACAAGAUGGAGUUUAUUAUGGCGGUUAUGGCCAGCAGAUAGUCCAUUUUUGCCUCUUUCCUCCGUGUAAUAUAGAAACGGCGCAUCGAUGAAAUUCCUACUGGUGCAUA